GCGGGAAGGAGCGCGGGGAGCGGUAGGGCCCGGCUAGCCCAAGGGCGCCCUGCCUCAGGCCCGCGACAGAGGCCAAGAAGUUUGACGGCUAGGGGCCCAGCGCCCCGGGUCGCGGGGGCCGCAGUGAGGGCGGUGGGGAGAGCAGAGCCAUGAGAGCGAGCGCGGAGGCGGCGAGGGGCGCAGCUAGCUCCUGGAGCGGCACGGCCGCGGCGGCGCAAAGUUAGCCCGGCGCCCCGGGACGAGCGCCGCAGCCUGGGCCAUGGGCGAGCACCCCAGCCCCGGCCCCGCAGUGGCCGCCUGCGCCGAGGCUGAGCGCAUCGAGGAGCUGGAGCCCGAGGCCGAGGAGCGACUGCCCGCCGCGCCAGAAGACCACUGGAAAGUCCUGUUUGAAAAGUUUGACCCUGGAAGCACCGGCUACAUCAGCACAGGAAAGUUCCGGAGCCUCCUGGAGAGCCACAGCUCUAAGCUGGACCCACACAAAAAGGAGGUGCUCCUGGCUCUUGCAGACAGCCACGCAGAUGGGCAGAUCUGUUACCAGGACUUUGUCAACCUGAUGAGCAACAAACGUUCCAACAGCUUCCGCCAGGCCAUCCUUCAGGGAAACCGCAGGCUGAGCAGCAAGGCCCUGCUGGAGGAGAAGGGGCUGAGCCUCUCGCAGCGGCUCAUCCGCCACGUGGCCUAUGAGACUCUGCCCCGGGAGAUUGACCGCAAGUGGUACUAUGACAGCUACACCUGCUGCCCCCCGCCCUGGUUCAUGAUCACAAUCACGCUGCUGGAGGUUGCCCUUUUCCUGUACAACGGGGUCCUACUGGAUCAGUUUGUGCUGCAGGUGACACACCCUCGAUACCUGAAGAACUCUCUGGUUUACCACCCGCAGCUCCGUGCGCAGGCUUGGCGCUAUGUGACAUACAUCUUCAUGCAUGCAGGGGUGGAACAGCUGGGACUCAAUGUGGCGCUGCAGCUGCUGGUAGGGGUACCCCUGGAGAUGGUACACGGAGCCACCCGAAUUGGGCUUGUCUACGUGGCCGGUGUUGUGGCAGGCUCCUUGGCGGUGUCUGUGGCUGACAUGACUGCACCUGUUGUGGGCUCUUCCGGAGGGGUGUAUGCGCUCGUCUCUGCCCACCUAGCCAACAUUGUCAUGCUGUUUCUGAAGACACCUAGUAACCUGUGCCCAAAGGGAACUUUCCUGGGUGGGAUGGUUAAAGUGAGUAUGGAGUUCGGAAGGGCUGUAUGGCUCCGUUUCCACCCAUCAGCUUAUCCCCCGUGCCCCCACCCAAGCUUUGUGGCACACUUGGGUGGCGUGGCCGUGGGCAUCACCCUGGGCGUGGUGGUCCUCAGAAACUAUGAGCAGAGGCUGCAGGACCAGUCGCUGUGGUGGAUCUUUGUGACCAUAUAUACCAUCUUCGUGCUGUUUGCUGUCUUCUGGAACAUCUUUGCCUACACGCUGCUGGACUUGAAGCUGCCACCCGCUCCCUAAGGGACCAGAGGACCAAGGCAGGGUGGGGAAACAGAAGCAUCCAGAGGAAGUUCCUGCAUCUACUUCUCAUCUCCAAUUCAGUGAGAGCAGGGAGAACCGGAGACUGUUGGAGCUGGGGAGUGUGUUGUUUGGGAAGGACGGCAGGGAGAUGGAUGUAGCUGACGUCAUCUUCCUAGGCUGGUCUGAUGACAUGGAGUCAGGGGUAAGGUCUGAGGCAGGGUGAGCCACAGGUCUGUGGCUGUCCCUGUGGCUUGGGCUUGUCCCAUGCGUAUCCUCUCUCACUGCCACAGCGUGAGCCUUCUUCCCGAGUCUCCACUCGGAGACACUGAGGUACAGAGAAGUUCUGAGGAGAGCCACAGCCAGGCUUGCCACAGUCCAGAGGUGACUGUAGGCUAGGCCAUGUUCUCUCUGCAGCUCAAGGUCUGGUGCUCUGGCAAUGGAUACGUUUGAUGGCUUUGAUCCGGGGGAGCCUGGAACAAGCCAGGCUCCGGUCCUGUCAGUGGUGCUAUGGCAUUGCUCCGAGGGGUGGGCAGGGAGAUGCUAUAAGCUCCAGGCCUUCUUCUUGCCACUAGGGGAGGGCCCUGUGCCUGGGGUAGUGAUUUUCUCCAUCCAAGGUUCCCCUGAGAGAGUUAGAGUUCCAGGACGGUUUCCUCUUCCCGCCUGUAGUCAUGAGUCAGCAUUCCACACCAUCACUCUGCAUCCAUGCCCUACCUGGACUGUAGGGUCUCUUCUUUCCUUUCUACUGCCCUGACCCUACUUUGUGCCUCUCUCUUUGGGUGUGGAGACAGGUGUGUGUGUGUGUGUGUGUGUGUGUGUGUGUGUGUGUGUGUGUGUGAGUGUGUGCAAUGUCAGGCAAGUCAGAAGCUGCAGAGACAGGAAGUGGGAGACAGUGUACACAUGGGGAUUUCUGGAAUGGGUAGUAGCAGUGCGCUUCAGUGCUCACUCAGUGGCCUUGCUUUUGGCAUCAUGUACCCCCCCCUUUCCCAUCUGGCCCCACCAAACACCUGCUGAGCACCCCUGACUGGUGGGAAAAUUGUCGAGCUAGAGGGAAGACCAAAGCAGACAUUUGGGAGAAAACUCUCAGCUGUGUUCUUCUGGUUCUCUUGGGGUAGCUUUCAUGUCUGGACUGCCGCCUGUAGAAGGAAGUCUUUGGGAUGAAAGAAAGCCCAGGACAGUGAUACUGUGGCCAUCUCUCCAUGUGAAUUGGUGGGACAAGAAGCUGUAGUAAAAUAUAUUUUGGUGAAAAACUUAGCCUCAGAGAAGAAUUAGGGGAGCUUGGGUGAGUGAAUGUCCCCAGAGAGAGUAGCUGAGGGUUAGAGGGCUCCAUCUAGAGGGACUUGGAAGUAAUCCUACAGGGAAGUGAGAUGGGGGCGUGGCCUUGUGCUACCCACACCCCAGCAGCCUGGGGUGCCAGCCUGGGGUGCCAGGUCAUAGACUGAGCCCAGGGCCUCUGCACCUCUGAGACAGUCUAGUCAGGCUGGCAUGAGAAGCUUCUGUGGACGCUAAAUGGAGGCUGUGAGGCAGGUGACCUUUAUAGGGACUCUCAGAUGAAGAACCACUGGUCUGAGAAGUGAGGCAGGAGCAAGGCAGGAUGGGAACUGCUCCUGGUCCUCUCACCAUCCCAGCAACACUUCCUAGCUAGUCUCCAUUCUCCCGAGUCCCUCAGCCCUUCCUCUCUCCAGUGUGGCCACCCGGGAGCCUCUUCUUAUGCUGGUGGCUGUAGGUUGGCCUCCAAGGCUGGGGAAUCCCCAAACUGCAGCUACUAUGUAGACUAGCUUGCUUUUAAAGGGGAGAGGAAUCAUGGAAACCAGAAAAGGGAAAAUGGGCCUUCAAAAAAGAGGAAUUUCUCUUUAAUGACACCAUUCAUCACUUGAUUUUUUUUUUUUUUUUAAUUAGGAGGAGCUCCCCAACGGGGCUCUUUGGAUUCUGCAUUUCCAUGUGAACCAUUCUUGCCUAGAGCAUUAGUGGAGGCAUCACUCACCAAACCCAGAUCUUCCUCUAGUGUCCAAUUCAGUUUGCAGAUAAUGAGGUUUACCCGGUGCUGUGUGCUUCCCAGGGCUGGCUGCAAAUCGUUGACUCUCCUCUGCCUUAAAAACAGUGCCCGUCAGUGAGCUGCCCCUCCCAGGACUAAGUGAAAAUCAAAACACUAGCCGCAACGUUGGUUUCUAGAUAUUUUUGUAUUGUGUACAUUCUGUAUAUUUUUGUUGUAACAUAUUAUUUGAGCACAGAUUCCAUUAAAGAUUUUUUUAAGCUGUUGGUUAUUCAGGGAGUGACCUCAAGGACUGCCAUGCUA